GGUAGAGUAUGGUUCUCGCUCGACCGUCGAUCCUGGUGUUGCCUUGGUUUUCAACAGCGCGGCAGCUGUACCUCAAUGUAGAUCGCCGCUCCGUCGGAUCGGUCGCGUCAAACGCAUAAUAUCGGAAACAAUUUAAUAUUGUCAGCUUUGCGAUAAAUUAUCAGUGCUCAUCAAAACCAUGAGAUCAUGCAGGAAGAAACAGAAUCCACGCGAACUUUUGGAGCAAAUGCUCGAAAGGACAACUUUGACGACCAGGCGAAUUGCUCAUGAUAAUGUUGAAGAUGUUGGAGGAGCUGCCUACGGAAGGGCACAUGAAGCAUGGAGGCGGGACAAAGAAGAGUCAAUACGUAAAGCUGUACAAGAGACAGAGGAAAGGGCAGCCCGGAUAUUGAAAGAAACGCUCGAAAAGGCAAUGAAAAAGGCAGAAGAAGAGAAAAGGAAAGCAUUAGAAGAAGCUAGAUUGGAAGCAGAAGCUACAGCCGAAAGGGUAAGGAUAGCCCGAGAUCAGUUGGAAGCAGAACGCAUUGCCAAGUUAACAUGGGCUUUCAAGAAGGAGAAGGAAGAGGCCUUGAGGAAACAGUGGGAAGAAUGUGAACGGAUCAGAAUAAAAGCUGUAGAGGAUGCCAUCGCAGAGACGACUCGUAAAUUACGCAAGCAGUUCCUUGUUGCCAAAGAAUUUGCUGUAGCCAGAGCUCUCAAAAUCGCCAGGUUUCAUUUUGCCCACCGUUUAAAGAAGGCAAUAGAGGCUACGAAAGAAGAGUGCAAUAGAUUGGCAGCCGAAGAGGCAGCACGGGUUGCCAAGCUUCACAGGGAAGAAACAAUGAGACUCAAUAAAAUAAUUCAUGAAACUGAGAGGGAACUUCGAGAUGAGAUGCAAGCCAGAGAUUGGGUUCAAACAGAUUUCAAGGAUAUUCAGAACGACUACAGGCGUUUCUUGGAUUACACAGACGGCAAAUACCAUUCAGAUUACAUGCUUAGGUUGCGGAAGCACGGAAUGAAAUUUGAUGCGAACUUUGACCAGAUUGAUGAGGAAUCUUGGGUGGAUAUAUUCCCGUUGCCAACGUAUCUCCAUCGUUACGCUCGCAAGAGUAUGGUGACUCCACACGACGUGACCAAAGAAAUGAACUUUGCACCUCCCAAGAUGGAUAAAAAAUGAUGUAUGUUUUUGUUUAGCAGAACAGUAUUAUAAAGGUAUAUUUCUAUAGAGAGAGUAAAAAUGCAUUUUACA